AUGUUUCAACGUCUGCCCGCUGCUGGCGGCGCGGACAUUUACCAGGAUGCUGCCGCCGCCGCUGCCGCCGCUGCCGGCACCACCACGAUGCGCUCCGUGUUCCCCAAUUCCCGCUUGGACUCGCUGGCGGAGAGCCAGCUGCCGGCGCCGCCACCAAUGCCGCCAACGCCCCAGCCAGAUGGAGUCGGAUCCCUCGCUGGCGGGGCCGGGGCCGGGGCUGGGGCCGGGCCUGGUGGAUACAAUCCCUUAGACGACGACUGGUGGGCCAACGCCAUCGAGGUGGACACCUUCGACUCGCCGCUGGCGUUCGAUGCCAGCGAGAAUGGUCUGUGGAAUGGACACUUUGUGCCGCCACCGCCGCGUCCUCCGUUUCUGGAUGAAAGCGUAGCCGCUGAUGGCUUGACCACCUGUGAUCUAUGCACGUGGGCAUGGCAGCGGAAUGCCUACUCACUGGAUGGUUCGAUCGAUAAAGCUGGCGAACUUGGAUGGGCAUUCACCCUAAUCAUAGUUUCAAUCAUAUCGGCUCUUAUAGGUGCUAUUGUAAUGGUCAUAGUUCUAAGAUGUAGAAGAAUUAAAUCAGCGAAUGCCAAUGGUGGCCGCCCGCAGCCCUGGUGGUGUCGCAACAACCGGAAUGGCGGCCAGAAUCGAUCGCCCAUCUCCAUAAAGCACUCGGCGGACAGCAUCCGGCGGCCCACAAGCAACUCUGGCGUCUGGACCUGGCUCGGCGGCAGUCGACGCUCUUCCGCCGGCCCCGACCAGAUCGGCCCGCCAUCCACAUCCCCGGCGGAGAACCACUAUACCCACAUGGAUGAUGCCUACAGUCCGGUGGGCGUCAGCGAGGCCCUCUACGCGGAGCUCGACCGGGAGUCGGUGCGCUCCGCAAAUCCCUCGUACCAGAAUACCGCCUACAGUCAGUGUGGUGAGAAGUACAAUUUCCAGGGACACGAACAGGACAUUCCCAUGGUCGUCUCAUCGGCACCGAGCAGUGCCUACUACUCGGAUCUGUCGGUGACGGCCAUGCCCGGCGGCGGUGGCGGUGGCGGGCCAAGUGGCAGCAAUCAGGGGGCCUACGAAAUCGUUGGACUGAACGUGAUGUCACAGCCGCUGCCAAAUUGGGAUCACCAUGGCGGUGGGGCGAAUGCGGGCGGAGGAGGUGGCAUUGCCACCACGGGAUUGAUGCCAGGAGACGCGGUAGCAGCGGCGGCGGUGGCAGCGGCCAUGACACAGCGCCGAGCGCCACGAUUGGCGGCCAUCAACGAGACGAGCACCAGUACAGUGCCCUCGGAUUAUGUCUAAGAGAAGAGAGAGAAGAGAUUGGAGGAUGCGGAGGAUGCGGAGGAUGUGAAGGAAAUGAAUGUGAAAUUGUUCAGCGAGCUUAAAAAUGUUAAUAGCAUAUAGGAAUACCGUUAUACACACCCCAUAGCUUGUAAGAGUAUAUACGAUUUAUAUAAGAUUUAUCUAUGGAUACGAUACCAUCUAUCAUCUACCAUUUACCAUUUACCACUUAGUGCUUAGGAGACGACGACUUGUGUCUUUUGGUUUAAAUAUGAUAUGAUAUGAUAUGAUACGAUAUGAUAUGAUA